AUGUCAGCGAAUAGACAUGGACCCAACUUCUCAUAUCAAACCUUCUGCCACUAUCUCCCCCGAACAACCGGUGCUUCCUCUUCGCCGACAGACGCAGAGAAUAUCAACCCCCAGAUCAAGCGGAUUCUCGGAUGCUAUCCAGACUCUACUAUCUACGGAGCAGGAGGCCAUUCGGCCCUGCUAUCGAUAAGUGACAGUUCAUGCAUCUCAUCUUCAUGGAACUUUACAAGAACGGUACUUCACGAGCGGCUGAACUCGAACAAGGCGCCUCGCCCGCCGGUACUUCAAUGGAUGCAGCAGCUUUUGGAGGCAGUGGCUUGCCUGGAAGCCCUCGGUUAUGCCCACGGGGACAUCAACCCCCGAAACAUCAUGGUCACCGAAGACGACCAUCUCAGACUCAUCGACUUUGACCAUUCGCUCAAACUCGGCGAAGACCUGGAAGUUGGAGACUACCCUCAUGUUCGUCCCAUAAGCAUGGCGGAAAACACGGCACAGCCCGGUGGUACGUUUAGCGUAGCGAGUGCCGCUACAGAGCUAUUUGCUCUCGGGUCUAUCUUCUGGUACAUGGUACGAGGCACGGAGCUGUGGGCUGGUGUGCAGGGGCUAGAUCUCGUUGACCGGCUUACAGCCCGUACAUGCCCGGAGAUGGACCUUGAAGAUCCCGUUAACCGGAUCAUCAGAGAGUGCUGGACGGGGAGAUUUGGUUCCGUGGCUGCACUGGCAGCCAGCUUGCAUCCGCCAGCUGGCGUAUUCGAGAGAUCUUGA